UGAGAUUGGACAGUGCAUAAGCAUCUUCUGCAUCUAUCAGCUGGACAAAUCGAAAAAGAAAGAAAAAAAGUAAAAAAAAAAACAAAAACAAAAACAAAGAGGAACAGAUAAAAAGACAACAGAAAGAGGGCUUUUGGCAUCGAAUCUCAGCCCUGCAUCGGUUGUAAUCAAUUUUCUCGCUCAGCUCCUCUCCCCUCUCCCUCUGAAAGGCCAAAUUCAAGAUGGGUUUCUAGCAUUUGCCUUUUCUCCUGAAUGAUAUGAUGGACCACAAUAACUUUACUAUAAAGACUUACAUGGCCAUCAUGGCCGAGAGGGAUGCUGCCAUCCGCGAACGGAAUAUGGCACUAGAGGAGAGAAAGAGGGCUUUUGCAGAGCGAGACAUGGCAAUGCUUCAGAGGGAUGCAGCUCUUGCAGAGCGUAAUGCUGCGAUACAAGAAAGAGACGAUGCCAUUGCUGCUCUUCGAUUAGGGGAGAGCUCUAUAAAUGACAACAAUGUGGUUCCAGAUUCACCAGGAAAUGACACUGAAAGUGGUGCAAAGCACAUUUAUAACCAACAGCAAAUGCAUAAAACCAUAGCUGAAGCAGCUCAUGGUUCAACGGAAGAUCCCACAGCUGGCUACUUGAAAGGCACGGAUACUUCUGAAGCAAAGAAUCCUAAAAAGGUCAGGCGACCUAAAGAGAGCAGACACAAUAAGCAAGCCAAGAUACCAAGGCAGGGUAAAAUUGGCGCAGAAAGUUUGAAUAUGCAGGUCAUUUCUACAUCAUCAGAUGAUUGGGUAAAUCUGCAAGAGUUGGAUAGUGAUAAGGAGGGAGAUAUGCAGCUCACAUCAUGGAAAGAUAACUUGGGUUUGAACCAAAUCAAUUUUGAUGAGUCUGCCAUGCCAGUGCCAGUUUGCUCCUGUACUGGGACUCCACAGCCAUGCUACAAAUGGGGUCAUGGUGGGUGGCAAUCAGCCUGCUGCACAACUACCAUAUCUAUGUACCCGUUACCUCAAAUAUCAAACAAACGCUAUUCCCGGGUGGGUGGCAGAAAGAUGAGUGGUGGUGCCUUCAGUAAAUUGCUUAAUCGCCUUGCUGAUCAAGGUUAUGACCUGUCUGUUCCACUUGACCUUAAGGAUCAUUGGGCUAAACAUGGUACAAACCGCUACAGCACAUUAAAAUAGCUUUUGUAUGUACGUUGGAUUGGGACCUCAAAACAUGUAGAAGGCAUUGUUGGGGAAGUGUGUUGUGGAUGAAAGAAAUUGUACUUUAAAACUGUGCAGGAGAUAUACAGCUAAUAGUUAUUCAUUCACAUUUUUUAGCUGUCUCUGUCUCAGAGUUCCAAUUCAUCUUAUCAGAACGGCCUCAUAUCAUGUAAUUUGCUUUUAUCAAAAUAUAUUUAAAUGAAUAUGGUGAUUUGGGUGACAAA